AUGGUCAAAGAAGCCUUCUUAGCCGCUGUUCCAAAUAAGAAAAUUGUUUUUGUUGCCGCUGAUGAAAAAUUACCAUCAUACUGGCAAUACUCAUUCACUGAUGGUAACUGUGUCAUCUCAUUCAUACAGAUCUGUAACACUAAUGAUGUAUUCACUGCUAAGUUAGAAACUCUUCUUCCUUCACAAGGCACCUACUUUUUAAUGACCCGUUUAAAUAUUAAAGAAAAUCAAGCUAAAAUGGAUGCUAAUUUAGAAGCUGUUAAAAAAGCAAUAAAAUCCGAUGCCGAUUGGACCAUCGAUCAAGCAUCAUUAGAAACCGUUUACCCACAUGUUGCUACCGAUUUAAAAAAUAGUUUUGGUCAUAUUUUUGCAGGUGUUAUCGAAAAAGUUGCAGCCAAUCUUGCUAAACGUUGUGCUGAUGAAAUGGUAUUAGAAGCUGUACAAGAAGCCACCUCAAAUCGUACUAUUAUUAUUAAACACAAUGCCACACAAAAUGGAUACUGGUUAUGGUCAUUCGAAAACGGUAAUUUAGUUAUUUCAUUCAAAUCCAUUACCAAUACCAACGAUGUUCAAACUUUCAAUUUCAUUAAAUUAUUAUAA